UAACAACAGAAUCGGAGCCACUCAACAACGCUGGAACCCAUUCAGGGGGGCCUGAGCCCCCUCAUCCCAAGCCAAGACGGCCUUGGGGGAGGGGUGCAGCCCCUGGUAGACUCACCGUGUGGCCAAGGGAGUCCAGGGGUGCCAGGGAGGCAGGGGCUGACCUCAUAGGGAGAGACGUGAGUGUGGUUAUCUUUCCUCCACUAGGACUGAAGGGUCGGCAUCAGGGUGGGAGGUCUAGGCAACCAAGCCAGUGGUUCAGGGGUAAGGGCCCGGUAGUGACUGGCAGCCAGGGCACCAUGGCCACAAUCCAGUCCGAGACUGACUGUUAUGACAUCAUCGAGGUACUGGGCAAGGGCACCUUCGGAGAGGUGGCCAAGGGCUGGCGUCGGAGCACAGGUGAAAUGGUGGCCAUCAAGAUCCUGAAGAACGACGCGUACCGAAGCCGCAUCAUCAAGAACGAGCUGAAGCUCCUACGGUGUGUGCGAGGCCUGGACCCCGACGAGGCCCAUGUCAUCCGCUUUCUGGAGUUCUUCCACGACGCCCUCAAGUUCUACCUGGUCUUUGAGCUACUGGAGCAAAACCUUUUUGAGUUCCAGAAAGAGAACAACUUCGCACCCCUUCCCGCGCGCCACAUCCGCACCGUCACGCUGCAGGUGCUAAGAGCGCUGGCCCGCCUCAAGGAGCUGGCCAUCAUCCACGCCGACCUCAAGCCUGAAAACAUCAUGUUGGUGGACCAGACCCGCUGCCCCUUCAGGGUAAAGGUGAUCGACUUCGGCUCGGCCAGCAUAUUCAGUGAGGUGCGCUAUGUGAAGGAACCAUACAUCCAAUCCCGCUUCUACAGGGCCCCAGAGAUCCUGUUGGGGCUGCCCUUCUGCGAGAAGGUGGACGUGUGGUCUCUGGGCUGCGUCAUGGCCGAGCUACACCUGGGCUGGCCUCUCUACCCCGGCAACAAUGAGUAUGACCAGGUGCGGUACAUCUGUGAGACGCAGGGCUUGCCCAAACCCCAUCUGCUGCACGCUGCCCGCAAGGCUCACCACUUCUUCAAGAGGAACCCCCACCCCGAUGCCACCAACCCCUGGCAGCUCAAGUCCUCUGCCGACUACCUAGCUGAGACUAAGGUCCGCCCACUGGAGCGCCGCAAGUACAUGCUCAAAUCCUUGGACCAGAUUGAGACGGUGAAUGGCGGCGGGCCUGUGAGUCGGUUGAGUUUCCCAGACCGGGAGGCGCUGGCGGAACACGCAGACCUCAAGAGCAUGGUAGAGCUGAUCAAACGCAUGCUGACGUGGGAGUCUCAUGAGCGCAUCAGUCCCAGCGCGGCCCUGAGACACCCCUUCGUGUCCAUGCAGCAGCUGCGCAGUGCCCACGAGGCCACCCGCUACUAUCAGCUGUCACUUCGAGGCUGUCGUCUGUCCCUGCAGGUGGAUGGCAAGCCGCCCCCACCUGUCCUAGCCGGCGCAGAGGAUGGACCUCCCUACUACCGCCUGGCUGAGGAGGAGGACACUGCAGGCCUGGAUGGCGUGGCAGGCAGUGGACCCUUCUUCAGGGAGGAGAAGGCUCCCGGAAUGCAGAGGGCCAUCGACCAGCUUGAUGACUUGAGUCUGCAGGAGGCCAGGAGAGGGCUGUGGAGCGACACACGGGCUGACAUGGUCUCUGACAUGUUGGCCCCACUCAAAGUAGCCAAUACUGGCCAUCGAGUCCCUGAUUCAGGCCCGGAGCCCAUCCUGGCCUUCUACGGUAGCCGCUUGACUGGCCGCCACAAGGCCCGAAAGGCCCCAGCGGGCUCCAAAUCUGACUCCAACUUUAGUAACCUCAUCCGGCUAAGCCAGGCCUCACCAGAGGAUGGUGGGCCCUGUCGGGGAAGUGGCUGGGAGGAAGGAGAAGGCCGAGGGACCUCCACAGAGCCAUCUGUCAUCCCACAACGGGAAGGAGAUGGGCCCAACAUCAAAGACAGGACCAUGGAUACUGAGAGGUCAGGCCCUGAGCUCUUUGAUCCCAGCAGCUGUCCUGGAGAGUGGCUGAAUGAGCCAGAAUGGACCCUAGAGGGCAUCCGAGGGUCUCGAGCUCAAGGGCUCCCAGCCCGUCAUCCCCACCCACAUGGGCCACCCAGGACCACUAGCUUUCUGCAGCAUGUUGGCGGGCACCAUUGAUGGGGACCCCACCCCUAUCGUUUUCUGGGGUCUGAGCUAGCUGGGCUGGCAUCCCCUCUUGCUCUGAAAUGGCUCCUUAGAGCUAUCUUUUUGAACCCACAGAUUAUUCUUACAGAAAAAUAGCUAUCAGAAUGUUCCUAUUUCCCUGCCCCUGGCAACAUGCCUGUAUCCCACCCUAAAUGUUGGAGGACUUCAGAGUCUGGCCCGAGGCCUUGAGGCCAGAGUCAGGAAGAGGGCUUCACCUCACUGGCCAUGACAGUGCCUGGGCCCAAUUGCCUCUGUUAUUUCAAUAAAUAACUGUUCCAAACUGUG